AUGUAUCUCACCGCCCCCCGCGACCCAGACUGGACCUCCCGCAUCACCGACCUCGAGAUCCUAACAACGCACACCUUCUCGAACCGCCAACUCGCCAAAGAAGCGCUCACGGCGCCCGGCCGCCCCUUACGUUCUGGCGGUACUGACGGAAAUAAGCGUCUUGCCAUCUAUGGCGAUGCUAUCCUCAAGGUUGCUUUGGUGGAUACGUGGUAUCCGACGCCGCUGGGUCGAGGGAGUUUCUCUCGGACGCUUAACGAUGUGGCGGGCAAUAAUAAUCUUGACCGGGCGGGUCGCGCGUCUGGGCUGGUGGAGCUUGUGUGGAAGAGUCCUGGCGAGAUAGGGGUGCCUUUUAAGGUUAUGGGGGAUACGGUUGAAGCUGUGCUUGGGGCCGUGUGGUUGGAUUCUGGGAUGAAUUUGGAUGCUGUGAAGGGUGUGAUGGGGAGGUUGGGAAUAGGGAUUGCUGCUACUGCUGCUGCCAAUGGUAAUGGUGGUCGUGGGGACGCAAUGGCUAAUGUUAUUGGAUUUGAGUAG